AAAAGCGAUCCAAGACUUCCUUCUUCUUCGUAUUACGGCCUGUUGAGACGGCAAGUUCAAACCAGGAAGUUUUCUGGUAAUGGAUCCAUUUUUGGCACUAUUGAACUCGCUAUCAAGGGCCAUUUCUCCAGAUGAGCUUUCAACUCUCAAGUUUCUGUGUAUGGAGCACAUUGGGAAAAAAAAGCUCCAGAAUGUAAACAGCGGCCAUGAGCUUUUCAUCCAUCUCAUAGAACAAGAAAAAAUAAAACGUGACAAUGUGGAAUUUUUAAAGGAGCUGCUAAUUAACCUGAAAAGAGAAGAUCUACUAGCCCAGGUGACGCAGUUUGAAGAAGGUACAACCAACGAUCCAGUGAAUCAGCUGGAUAGUCAAGAAAAAUAUAAGCUGGACAAAGCUUUUGAAAUCAUAUGUGAACAUGUUGGAAAAAACUGGAAAAAGCUGCCUCGGAAACUUGGGAUUUCUGAAGCCAAAAUUGAUAGAAUUGUAGCCGCCAAUCCAUUUAACUUGCAAGAACAACUAAUGAAAUCACUUCUAGAAUGGCGUAAAUUAAAAGGGAAGGAAGCAAAAGUUGGUGAUAUAAUAAAAGCCCUCAGGGACUGUCAUAUGAAUCUAGCAGCGGACUACGUCGAAGAAGCUUUGCAAUCUGAAGUCUGAAAUGCAUAAAAUCACUGAAAAAGACUUUGCUAAGACAUUCAGUUAAACAAUCCCAUUAAAAAGACUGCUUAAUUGUCACAGAAAACAUGAGGCCUUUGCUUGCAAUAUAUAAUCUACUCAUGCUAUUGCACAUAAACUUGUUUCCUUGCUUUUAACUCAGA